AUGGCGAGCAGUAUAACUACACUGCAGUGGUACAAGGUCGAUGGCAUAGUGAGUUCAACAAUGUCGCGGGGUUGGUGGUGUUGUGAGGUGAGCGAUGUCGCGAGAUUCAAUGGCGUCGCAAUUCCAGCAAUGAUACAGGUGACAAGGUCACGGGAAAAUAACGAAGCUGUUUUAAUGAAGCUCCAUGGAGAAGCUCUGUUGAAGUCGUUUCCUGCACGUGAUUCACGCGAGGAAGAGCAGAGACGAACUUGUGUGAAGAAGAGGAAAGACACAUGGGAGUUCAUGACGGAGCAGUUGAGGAAGCAGUUCCACGGAGCGCGAACGCUACGCAGGUGA